AUGACAAUGGCGAACACACGUGGCUUCCAAGACAUGGAGGACAUGCAAGACAUACUAGGCAUCAACAACAUAAAUGAAAUGCCCGAUGUCACUGCAGACUGGACAGACAAAGAUUGGACCGAUUUCCACAGCGCGUUCGAAAACACCACGGAACACGACCUCGAACAACUCACCAAUCCCAUGCGAACCGACAAGACACCUCCCUAUCAGCCCUCUGGAAACAACAAUUUUCCACAGCAUGUGCCAUCAGACCAGCUGCCGGAAUAUUUCCAUGGCCUUCCGAAUGAGUUCGAUCUCUACCAGACACCACAGAAUGGGGUAGAGAUAGCACAUGAAGCACUUCAGAAUGCUGUCUACGAGCAGUAUCCCUACACAACAGCCGAUGCACAAGCAUACUGGCCAGUUGCAACAGCAUACACCACUCAAACCUUUGGCCCAGGCAUCAAGCAGGAGUCUUUCGAUAACUCAGAUUAUGCUGCCAUCCCUCCGCUCGGCAACAACGUCCAAACACCUCUCCCUAAAUCGACAGCAUACCGAGGAUUCUGCGCUGACAUCGCCGCCGCCCACACUCUCCUCGCCGAAACAGAUGCAAUGAUCCCACUCGGCGUCCAAAACGACGACUGGCAAAUCGUCAAAGCUUCAGGAGUACACUACUACGGUGCCCGCCUCUUCGACGCACUCUCAAUCCCCGCCACCGAAGUCCCCAAACCAAUCGAAAACGAUUUCCUCAAGGACUAUUGGCGUUCCCAUCAAGCCAAACAACUCAUCGACAUCCAAAACACUAUUUUCACGCAACCAGCCAAAGCAGAAGCACAAGUUCUCAUCCUCAUCGACGAAGUCCUGAAACUUCAUGAGUUUGGCGUUCCGGCUUCUGUCGCGGCUUACAAGUCUCUGAAAGAAGGCUACCGACUCGAGGCGAAUUUGAUAGCUUCUGAUCGUUUGGAACUCAUCAUUGCGAAUGCUGCGGCAGACAAGUAUAUUGCUUGGGACGUUUUGAAUGGGAAUAAUGUUCUCGCUCUGAUUCGUUCUCCUGCGAUGUAUUUGAGUCGGAAGAUUAGCAAUAGCAAGGUUAAUGGGAAGAAGGCGUUGGAUAAGACGAAUGCUGAUCGAGCGAUGGGUACGACGCCAGCGACUUCAAAGGCAGGAUCGAAGAAGAAGGGAGGAAAGAAGGCACAGGCUGCUGCUGAGAAUGCAGCAUAUCCCACUCCGGAUGCGGAUUCGCCUGCCACUCAGAGCGUCUUUGGCGGGCCGGCCCCUCGUUUCUCGCUGGGUGGUCGUGGUGAAGGCACGAGAGAUUACUCGGCGAGCCAGAAUGGGUUUGGCAACGUUUUCGGAUAUGAGUAG